GAGUCUAACUCCGCCCCUCCUCCGGGCUGCUCCGUCACAGAACUGAAGGAGCGAUGCCGAUGAACGCAGGAGGAACCAAGCAGAACCAAGAAGGAGAGAAGAAGCGACUGCUUAAACUCAAGAACCCUGUAAAGCUCUGGAAGAACCGCAGACAACAGAACACCACCCGCACUGAAGAGGAUGUGUUGGACAGUGGGGAGGCUGUGCAGCAGGAGAACGAGGAGCAGCUGGAGGAGGUCAGCAGGAGGCUGAUUAUCAGGGAGGAGCAACUGUUCAGUCAGGACUCUCCUAAUGAGGAGGAGGAGGACCAGCUACAGAGAGACUUCGAGGCUCUCAGACUGCAGAUAAGGAUGGCCAUCCAGAACACCUUCACCUCCUCCUCAUCCUCCUCCACCACCUUGGCACAGCUGGAGGUGCUGAGGAGUGCUGCAGCCUCCAUCCAGCAACUGGAGGAGCAGGACCUGCGCUGGAUGGGGUGUGUGGAGGGCCGAGUCCCAGGUUGGCGUCCUCAGAAGUGUCUCAGUGCUCACAACAGUCUGCUGCAGAACGUGGUGGAGUCCAGACUGAUGAAGACUGCAGAGGAGGACCAGAAUGGACCUGAUGGACUGUCCUCAGACCUGAAGAGGGAGGUGUGUCGUUUGGGGAUCCGUGUGAAGGAUGACCUGCUGUCGGUGGUCAGGAUGGUGAAGGACUGUUACCCUCCUCAGAUAGACAUCCUGAACCUGUAUGCUGGACUCUACCAUCAGAGCUUCUCAGCUCGGCUGACUGAACUCGCUGGUUCUGGACUGGAGACAGAUGACUGCCACUACCUGCUGCUCUGGAUCAACCACUAUUACCCACAGAACAUAUUAAAGCAUGAAGAUCUGGAGGGAAAGAUAAACACGGCCUGUCUGGGUUCUCUGCUGCUGGAGGACCGCCUAGACCAACUGGAGGACCAGUACCUGACCCACAAAGAGGAUACAGUGAAGUUGUGGCUGAACACAGCGUUGAAGAAAGAAGAGGAGAGCUGGCUGAGCGGCAAGAAACCUGAACUCAUCGACCAAUACUGCUUCAGUCCACUGGCUAUAGAAGUCAUACGGGUGAUAGACGGCUCCCUGACCGAGUUCAGCCCUGUGAUCAGAGACCAAAGUAAAGCUCAGAGGAUCACAGUUCACCUGGAGAGCUUCCUCAGCAGCUAUAAGAAGUGUGUGGAGGAGUUUGUGAAGGGAGACCAUAGUAACAUCCGCUUGGUCGUCAAAGCUCACCUGGUCUGUGAGGAACAGUUCAGGAAUUACAUCACAGGUCAAACAGGAAGUCUGUCUGAGCAGCAGAUACGUCGCUGUUUGGAGACUCUGUCUGCUCUGCGGGAUUGUGGAUGCCGAUGUUUCAUCGAUCCGAUUUACAACGAGCUGAAGGAGUGUUUGCAUGACCUGUGGACAUCUAACUGGUUGAAAGGGUCACUUCCUGUCAUUGACUCUCUGCUGGACUCCCUGAACCAAGAACUGACCGACCUGAGUGACCUGAAACCAUCCUGCAGACAGUCCGUUCUGGGCAUCCUCCAUGAGGUCGUGGUUAUUAAGUAUGUGAAGAAGAUGAUGAAUACAAAGAAGAAGAUGGACCAGCAGAUGGCAGCUCAGAGGAUAACUGAAGACGCCCAAAAGAUCAACAGCUUCUUCGAGGACAAGGACUGCACUCAGUCUCUGUGGCUCAGUCAGAUGCUCUGCAGUCUGGCUGAGAUUCUGCGUCUGCAGGAUCCUGAAAGUGUUCAGCUCGAGAUCAUCAGUGUGGCCCGAGCAUUCCCCGACCUCGGCGAUGAUCACGUGACGGCGCUGCUCUCGUUGAAAUCCGGCCUAACAGCUGCUAACAUUCGCUUAAUCAGGCAGAGCGUGAAGGCGAACGGCACCCUUGAUGCCUCCACCAAUCACAGCCCUUUGUUCUUCUCCAAGGUCAAAGUUCAACGGAUCAAUAACAUGAUCAAACAGAUGAGGCUGAAGACAUGAAAAUGAUGUUAACAUCACGCCUCAUCAACGUCCUGCUUUUCUCCUGUUGCAUGUUAGCAGUCAGUAAACAGUGUUGUACACCACCAUUCAAAAGUUCACGUUAGUUUAAAUAGGACAUGUUGCAUAAUGAACAGUAAGUAAAUACUUUUUUUUUUAUGGACAAUAACAUGGAAUUUUCAAAGUGACCCCAAACUAUACAUACAUACAUACAUACAUACAUACAUACAUACAUACAUACAUGAUCGUAUUACCGAUAUUAAGCAGUGGUUGGCCCGAAAUUUUCUUCAUUUAAACGAUGACAAAACUGGAUGUAUUGUGUUUGGGGAUACUGUGACGGCUGGCCUCGGCACCCUGUCCUCUAAGCUGAAUUCAGCCGUCAGAAACCUGGGAGUGACCUUUGACAGUCACCUCAGGUUUGACAAACACAUCAACAACGUUGUCAGGACGAGUUUCUUUCAGUUGCGUCUCCUGGCCAAAGUAAAAAUGUUUUUAAGCCGUCACGACCUUGAGAAAGCCAUCCAUGCCUUAAUAAGCUCAAGGUUAGACUAUUGCACUUUAUGUUGGCGUCUCCCAGUCUUCCCUCAGUCACCUUCAACUUGUGCAAAACGCUGCUGCCCGUCUUUUAACCAAUACCAACAGGCGUGAGUAUAUCUCUCCUGUUCGUAACUCCCUUCAUUGGCUUCCUGUCCUUUUUAGAAUUGACUUUUAAUUUUUGUUUUUAAAGCUCUUAACGGCCUCGCCCCUUCGUAUUAAUCUGA